GGAUGGAAUCACGACUACCACACACUCAACAGAAUUCUGAUAUAAAUUCUUGUUCGUGUGCUCUUUGGGAACAGAACGAAGACAUAGGGCCAGAAUGGAGAGUCUGGUGCACUACAGUAGUCCAUCCCAUGGCCUCUCUGUGCUGGGGGUGCUCAAUGAGCAGCGCCUGAGGGGGCAGCUCUGUGACACAGUCUUGGUUGUGGGGGAUCAGCGGUACCAGGCCCACAGGAGUGUGCUCGCUGCUAGCAGUGAGUAUUUCCAAUCACUGUUCACACGAAGGGAGUCUGAGCCCCACAAAGUGAUACAGCUGGACUUCUGUGAGCCUGACACCUUUGAGAUAGUACUGAAUUACAUAUACUCAUCCUCCCUCUUCGUGGACAGAGGCAGCCUGGCAGCCAUCCAGGAGCUGGGCUACAGUCUAGGAAUCCCUUUUCUAACCAACAUUAUGUCAACAAGGCCGCAUGUGUCCUACUGCGUCUCCAGAAAAAGGCUGUCCUUCUCAGAGGACGAUAACGACAUCCAGCUGAGGAGUGUCAUUGUGCGCCAGAGCCGAAGGGGUGAUGCUCCCGGGGCCGGAUGCUAUGGUUCAAAUGAUCAAGGAGAACAGACUCAAGCUUCAGGACACAGGAAACCAAACGAAUCAGCCAGGAACACUGCAUCCAAUCCCAGAAAAUCUGCUGAAGCAACUGGUGAGGGUUCUGAUAGCAAGCCCAUCAGUUCAUAUGCCUCCAUCUUAAAGGGGAAGACAUCACACACAGGGUCAUCAGUAAGGCCACAGCUCACCUCCUCAGUCUCCUUCAGUGAAUCUUCAACAGUCAUGUUACAGUCUGAUCUAACCACUAAAGAAGAGGAGGAGGAGCAGAGGCUCUACAGAUCCAAACCACAAUUUCAGGGCCAGGUAGGGGAGCCUAGUCAGACCAUUGACAGGAGUGGCCCACUCAUAAAAAGCCUGCUGCGCAGGUCCUUAUCCAUGGACAGUCCCAUCCCAGUCUUCUCCCCCACACUGGAGCUCAAUAAACUGCAAGGCCGAGAACAGCCUGUUGUUAAGAUGGUGGCAAAUACAGAGGAAGAGAUUCAGACAGAGCACAAACAAAGUGUGAAAGUAGUUCCGUCGCUUCUUCUCAAGUCAAGGCACCACAGCAGGCAUGAUCAAGAUGAAACUCCAGGAAAGGAGUUCCAUGUGAAGACCGAGCCGAGCAGCCCAUUGUCUGACCCCUCGGAGAUCAUUAGGAUCACAGUUGGGGAUUCUCUACCAGUUAACCUCAAAAACAAUGAAAUGAAUUUUGACCAAGACCCUACUAAGCCAUUUUCUAAACUCCCUGGAAAGAGAAGGGUGAGGAGAGACAAUCGAAGGUACCCAUUCAAAAAGUCUAAAGGGGUGAACGAACAUGAUUUCCCAUGUGAAGAUGACGAUGACAAUAUGUCAGUAUCUGUACCUCACAACUCCAACAUGGAUGACAAUGAUGAUGACUGGACUGAUGAUCCCAGGAAGAGCAAGAUGUUUAAAUGCUGGAUCUGUUUGAAAGUGUUCAGAUCCAGUGCUGGAUUGCACCGUCAUGUUAACAUGUAUCACAACCCAGAUAAGCCAUAUGCUUGUGACAUCUGCCACAAACGCUUCCACACUAACUUCAAAGUCUGGACCCACUGCCAAACCCAGCAUGGAGUGGUACAAAACCCUGCUUCAUCCUCCAGCUCAUUCGAGCUGGAUGAGAAGUUUCAGAGGAAGCUGAUUGAUAUUGUGCGGGAGAGAGAAAUAAAGAAAGCCUUGCUCAUGAAGCUGAGGAGAAAUAAGCAGGGUUCACAGUCUCAGGUAUUUGCCAAAAAAGGUGGCCUGAGGUCCAAGUCAAAUAUGAUAUGCCCUUACUGUGGGAAAUUGUUUGUUUUUCUCUAUCAAUUCAAGCAGCAUUUGAAGACACACCCUGCGGAGAGAGACAACCAAGAGACUGAGAGAGAGAGCGGUCUCUGCCAAAAGGACCAACCCAGUCAGAGAGAGAACACGGACACAGAGGUUUACUCCUGCAGGCUCUGCAAUGAGAAGCUGUCCUCUCUCUUUGAGCAGGGAGACCACGAGAGGGGCUGUCGACACGCAACCGUGUGCCCGUACUGUGGCCUCCGAUUCUCCAGCCCAGCGGUUAAAAAAGAGCAUGAAGCACACUGCAAGUACAAGAAACUGACCUGCCUGGAGUGCAUGAGGACCUUCAAGUCUUCCUUCAGCAUAUGGAGACACCAGGUGGAGGUUCACAACCACAAUAUUAUGACUGUUAAGGAGCAGCUGAGCCAUCAAGAGGAGAACAAUGGAGAGGUAUCUGACCACCUUGGAAGGCCUCUCUAUACCGAGGAGUCUGUGGGAGUGGGGAGCUCCAGAGAGGACAUCAUCGACAGUGACUCCUCAGGUCCGCCUAUGUUAGACUCUGAGGAUUCUUCAUCAUUCGUGCCCGAGGACCUGAAUGCUAGCCAGUGUCACAACGAACAUCACGGCGAGCUGACCGUGAAGGAUGAGCCCAUUGAGGAGGCCGUGAGCGAGAGGGAGGACAUGACGUCUGGGGCCUCCGUCGAACCUGAGGAGCCAGGCGUGUGGCCAUGCGAAAAAUGUGGCAAGCUCUUUGGUGGCCACAAAGACCUGGAGCGUCACCAGGAGCUGCUGUGCCACAUCAAACCCUUCAUCUGUCACAUCUGCAACAAGGCCUUCAGGACCAACUUCCGCCUUUGGAGCCACUUCCAGUCCCACAUGUCAACCUCUGACGAACCUGUAACGAGAGAGGUUGAUGACAGGCGCCCUUUGUCUCCCUCCCCCUCACCACCACCAGCAGUCACACAUGCAACUGGAUGUCCUGCCCCACAAGUUUUUCCACCUAAACCAAUGGAGGCAGAUUCAGUGGUAGCUAAAGCUGUGGUAGCAAAAGAGAAGGAGAAGCCUGGAAGCUCAUCGUCAAUGCCCAGGACCAAGAGGCCAGAGAUGGACAGAUCACACAGUAGCCCCCUACCCAAAAUGGAUAGUGUGGAUAAUUCCCUCACCCCUCAGGAAUCAGAAACCCUUUUUUACCAUGCCCCCACUCUCUCUGCCCUCACAUUUAAGAGGCAGUACAUGUGUAAGCUCUGCCACAGAACAUUCAAGACUGCCUUUAGUCUUUGGAGCCACGAGAAGAGCCAUAGUCAUAUUUAAAUGUUUCUCACUCAAACACCUGUACUCCGUUUUGAGCCUCUGAGAUGAUACUUUAUGCUCACAGCAUCGUAAGAGAUCAAAUACAACUCAGCCGGCACAAGAAAGAUUUUGAAUGUAUCUAUUGCUGUUGGUAGUUGGCUUGCCUUCAUGUUAUCUUUUCCAGUGGCCAUGUGUCAUAGAGGUGAGAAAGUGAAUGUCUGCAAUGAACUGCUAUUUGACUCAUCAGCUCCUUACAAUGGUUACUUUGCCUUUGAUAUUGGAUUUACACAGUACUGACCUAUUUCAGUAACUCUCUUUCAGUUGGAUUUACCUAUAUAACUAUUUUUUUGGAUUCAAGAAAGUGCUUUAUUUAGGAAUUGCUGUACUGUACAAUUCAAGAACAGUUCCGUGCUUUUGCACGUUGUGAAUUUCUGUUGAUUGAUGUGUGAAGAUGACAUUAUGAAGAUGAUAUUAGUGGCCUCAGGCAUCAUGUUUAUUGAUAUGCACUUUGCAAUUCUGUUCAAUAUUUACAUUACUUAUAAUGGUCAAAUUACAUUGAUUUUAAUUUCAGUUAUAUGAAUCUUUAUUUUGGAUCCUCUGCAUUCCAUUAACAUUUCAGCUGUAAUCUGUUUUGUACCAUAAAAGUAUGGUUUUCAUAUUGAC